AUGAAUCAGUGUGAGGACAGAGAGGAGGGAGCCCCUCUCUCUAAAACCGCUCUGUGUGGGAAACAUGAAGCUCAGAGUAUUAAAGAUCAGAGAACAGACUCAGCUAAACCUGACAAGACACCUGCAACCAGCUGCGUGUCCUUAAAGUGCGAUCCAUCCAAGGGCGGACUGGUAAAGAUCAAAGAUGAACGAAGUGUCAAACAUAAGAGACCAGACUCUAGUACUCCUGAAGCCCUACAUGUGAACAUCAAGAGUGACCGGUCCAUGGGUAAACCCUACCAUUCCAAAGAUGGAAAGAUUUCUACUAAUAAAAGGAGGAUCCAGCAGUGUUUCUACCAGGAUCCACUACAUAGAAUCUAUCACAUCAACACUCAGCAUCAAACACAGCUGGACUCCAUAUUUAUGAUGCUCCAGGAGAAAAUCAUCAGUUUUGUGAAAAAGGAGCUGAAGAAGAUCCAGAGAGCUCUGAGGGCAGAUUACCCAGAAUACUUAAAGAGUUUGAGGGAGGAUGAGGAUGAAGAGCAGAGAAGGAGCAGAGUGGCAUUUCUGAAGAUCACUCAGCACUUCCUGAGGAGAAUGAAGCAGGAGGAGCUGGCUGACUGUCUGCAGAGCAGAACUGUUGAUCCAGAGUGCCAACAAAAACUGAAGUCUACUCUGAGAGAGAAGUUCCAGUGUGUGUUUGAGGGGAUCGCUAAAGCAGGAAACCCAACCCUUCUGAACCAGAUCUACACAGAGCUCUACAUCACAGAGGGCGGGACCGGAGAGGUCAAUGAUGAACAUGAGGUCAGACAGAUUGAAGCAGCAUCCAGGACACCUGACAGACCAGAAGCAACCAUCAGACAAGAAGACAUCUUUAAAGGCUCACCUGGAAGAGCUGAACCAAUCAGAACAGUGAUGACAAAGGGAGUGGCUGGCAUCGGGAAAACAGUCUUAACACAGAAGUUCACUCUGGACUGGGCUGAAGACAAAGACCACCAGGACAUCCAGUUCAUAUUCCCCUUCACUUUCAGAGAGCUGAAUGUGCUGAGAGAGGAAAAGUUCAGCUUGGUGAAACUUGUUCAUCACUUCUUUACUCAAACCAGAGAAGCAGGACUCUGCAGGUUUGAAGAGUUCCAGGUUCUGUUCAUCUUUGACGGUCUGGAUGAGUGUCGACUUCCUCUGGACUUCCACAACAAUCAGAUCCUGACCGAUGUUAGAAAGUCCACCUCAGUGGAUGUGCUGCUGACAAACCUCAUCAAGGGGAACCUGCUCCCCUCUGCUCGCCUCUGGAUCACCACACGACCUGCAGCAGCCAAUCAGAUCCCUCCUGAGUGUGUUGACAUGGUGACAGAGGUCAGAGGGUUCACUGACCCUCAGAAGGAUGAGUACUUCAGGAAGAGAUUCAGAGACCAGGAGCAGGCCAGCAGAAUCAUCUUCCACAUCAAGACAUCCCGAAGCCUCCACAUCAUGUGCCACAUCCCGGUCUUCUGCUGGAUCACUGCUACAGUUCUGGAGGAUGUGCUGAAGACCAGAGAGGGAGGAGGGCUCCCCAAGACCCUGACUGAGAUGUACAUCCAUUUCCUGGUGGUCCAGUCCAAACGGAUGAGCAUCAAGUACGAUGGAGGAGCUGAGACUGAUCCACACUGGAGUCCAGAGAGCAGGGAGAUGAUCCAGUCUCUGGGGAAACUGGCUUUUGAGCAGUUGCAGAAAGGAAACCUGAUCUUCUAUGAGUCCGACUUGACAGAGUGUGGCAUCAAUAUCAAGGAAGCCUCAGUGUACUCAGGAGUGUUCACACAGAUCUUUAGAGAGGAGAGAGGACUGUACCAGGACACGGUGUUCUGCUUCAUCCACCUGAGUGUUCAGGAGUUUCUGGCUGCUCUUCAUGUCCAUCUGACCUUCACCAAGUCUGGACUCAACCUGAUGGAAGAAGAACAAACAACAUCCCUGAUCUCUAGAAUCUCAAAAGAGAAACCUCAGCUUCAACAUCUCCACAAGAGUGCCACAGACAAGGCUUUACAGAGUCCAAAUGGACACCUGGACUUGUUCCUCCGCUUCCUCCUGGGUCUUUCACUGCAGACCAAUCAGACUCUCCUGAGAGGUCUGCUGACACAGACAGGAAGUAGCUCAGAGACCAACCAGAAAACAGUCCAGUACAUCAAGAAGAAGAUCAGUGAGGAUCUGACUGCAGACAGAAGCAUCAACCUGUUCCACUGUCUGAAUGAACUGAAUGACCGUUCUCUCGUGGAGGAGAUCCAACAGUCCCUGAGAUCAGGAAGUCUCUCCACAGCUGAACUGUCUCCUGCUCAGUGGUCAGCUCUGGUCUUCAUCUUACUGUCCUCAGAGAAAGAUCUUGACCUGUUUGACCUGAAGCAGUACUCUGCUUCAGAGGAGGCUCUUCUGAGGCUGCUGCCAGUGAUCAAAGCCUCCAACAAAGCUCUGCUGAGUGGCUGUAACCUCUCAGAGAGAAGCUGUGAAGCUCUGUCCUCAGUCCUCAACUCCCAGUCCUCCAGUCUGAGAGAGCUGGACCUGAGUAACAACGACCUGCAGGAUUCAGGAGUGAUACUAUUGUCUGCUGGACUGAACAGUCCACACUGCAAACUGGAAACCCUCAGGCUGUCAGGCUGUCUUAUCAAAGGGGAAGGGUGUGCUUCUCUGGCCUCAGCUAAGCACUCCAACCCCUCCACUCUGAUAGAACUGGACCUGAGCUACAAUCAUCCAGGAAACUCAGGGGUGCAGAUGCUGUCUGCACUCUGGAGUCUGGAUACACUGAGGGUGGACCAUGAUGGAGAGCAGUGGUUAAAACCUGGACUGAAGAAGUAUUCCUGUGAACUCACUCUGGACUCAAACACAGCACACAGACACCUCAAACUGUCUAAAAACAAGAAGGAGGUGACAUGCGAGAAAGGGGAUCAAUUCUAUCCUGAUCAUCCAAAAAGAUUUGAAUACUGUCCUCAGCUGCUGUGUAGAGAUGGCCUGACUGGUCGCUGUUACUGGGAGGUUGAGUGUAAAGGAGAGGUUUAUAUAUCAGUGAGUUACAGAGGAAUCAGCAGGAAAGGAGACAGUCCUGACUGUGUGUUUGGAUCUAAUGAUCAGUCCUGGAGUCUGAUCUGCACUGAUAGAGGUUACUCUGUGUGUCACAAUAACAGAAGAACAGACCUCCCUCUCUCCUCAGUCUCUGUCCCUGACAGAAUAGCAGCGUAUGUGGACUAUCCUGCUGGCACUCUGUCCUUCUACAGAGUCUCCUCUGACACGCUGAUCCACCUCUACACCUUCUACUCCACAUUCACUGAACCUCUCUAUCCUGGGUUUAGAUUGCGGUCAUAUGGUUCCUCAGUGUCUCUGUGUUCUCUGUAG